AUGCUAAAUACUAGUAUGCAUCCAGAAGUUACUGUAGAACAGAGCCCUUCUACUACACUAUUCAAAUGCCCGGUUGAAUCCUGGAAUCAAGUAGAUUCUGAUACUGUCCCAAAUGAGAAUCUACAUCUGGAAUGGAUCCAGAAUAAUAUCUCACGACGAGACAAUAUUUUGGAGUCACAAAUUCGACUUUUGUCUUCUUUUGUCUAUCCGAAUCAUAUUUCAAUUAUAACAAAUUCACAGAGGAGUUAUGGCCAAAAAGUCUACUGUCGUUACUACAAUUGCCUCCGUGAAGAGAUCUCCAACUCCUCGUAUCAAUCAAUAUUUUUCCCAAUGAAUGUAAUCAGAUGUCCGAGAAGAAUUGGUGUGAAAUAUAUGUCGAUUAGUUUUGAUUUGGAAGAGAUAUCACAAGAAACGAUUCCACUUGUCUAUAGAGUUUUUGAGGCGCCAAUCCACGAGGUAUCAGUAUGCGUUGGUCCGAUAUACGGCUCGGAGAGCAAGUGGUUAGAAGUUGCAGAGUUUAUAGAACAUUAUAAACUGAUUGGUGAAUGUCACCAACGGAGUAAACAUCAUUCGAAAUGGGUUAUAAACGUGGAUAUUGAUGAGAGAUUGGUUAUUUUGGAUGAUAAAAUAAAAUCAGUUGGAAGUUUAUUGAAUGGAUAUAAUGAUACAGUUGCUGGGGUCGGAUUUGCGAUUCGAAGAAUUCAGAAGACGGAGAAACUACCGGAAAAGUAUGAAAGUGAUGAGCAGAUAAUCUCCGAAAUGGAAUUCCUCAAAUACAACGUGUCUUCUCCAGUCACUUGGGGUGCCUACAAAACUAUUUAUCGACCAGAAAAGAUAGCAGCAAUGUAUUAUCACUGGGCAUAUCAAAGGUAUCCGGACACAGUUGCUGAGUAUGUGAAAGCGAAGUUGCGCUGUUCAGACUUUUUUGACGUUUCCGAUGCCACGACUUCAUUGAAGUCGUUACGUGACUCUGCCCAAAUAUUGGAAGACGUCGGAAGUUCGGAUGAAGAAUCCGAGUGGGAUGAAAAUUCGAAAAAAGAAUUUUGCGACAACGAGAAGUCAUAUUACACCGUUUAUGGGGGAACGAAGGAAAUUGGAUGGGUUCGGAAUGGCUCAUCUCAUGAAUGGAAAGUGUCUAUAAUUCCACGUGGACAGAACAACAAGCCGACAGGUGUCAAUUCAAUCCCUCCGUUCACUAUUGAUGGGAAGGCGGAUGAGAGAUUCAACAAGUUUUAUAGAACCAUCGACAGAUUGGAGGUAAGUUUUAUAUUUCCUCCCGUUUCGAGUGGUGGUGAAAUGAUUUUGAAAUACAUAUCACCAAUUGAGCCUCCUGUUCAAGCCGAACCUCUCGGAAACACGAAAGACCUUUCCGUCGAAUCGUCUGCAGUCGUCAUCGUUCCCCGUACAACCGUCGCUCCAGGUGUCACAAAUAAAGUCAGUGUGAUAACAUUCCGUCCCUUACAUUUCACAGCUCCGCCCAAGAAUGGACCGCCAGGAGUGUCUCCUCCUCCGACACCCGGAGGACAGUGUGGCGUUGCACCUGACUUCACACCGUGUGUUAGCAAUGAAAUCGCCAGUAAAUCUCUGUUAGAGUGCUGUAAGAGGAAGAAUCUACCAGCAGGAUGUCAACAGUUGUGUCGAUAUGAUAUCACGCAGGCAGAGAUCCGCGCAGCCAUGGAUCGUGGUCAAUGUGGAAUAUUCAAUGUUGCCCCAUUCUUGGAAUGUGCUUCUCAGGGAAAAGACAAUUCCGAGUGUUGUCGACAUCGUGGAAUUGUUCAGAAGACUGGCCCCCAAUGUGAACAAUUCUGUCGCCCCACCCAAGGAUUAUCAGCUCUCGGAGUUCAACAUAUCGUAUGUGGAAAUGCAGUUGGUGACAUGCUCCAUUGCCAUCAUUCUGGUGUUCGCAUUUAA